AUGGUUGUCUUCAGCAAGAUCACGGUCGUCUUGGCCGGUUUGGCGUCUGUCUCUUCGGCUGUGCCGACGGGCAGCUCGCGCAAGAGCAGCUUCACCAUCAACCAGAAAGCUCGCCCCGUUGCUCAGCCCAAGGCUAUUAACUUGCCUGGCCUGUACGCUUCUGCCCUCUCCAAGUAUGGCGCUGCAGUCCCUGCUAGCGUCAAGGCUGCUGCCGAGAGCGGCUCUGCUGUCACCACCCCGGAGGACAACGACGUGGAGUACUUGACUCCCGUCAACGUCGGUGGUACCACUCUGAACUUGGACUUUGAUACUGGAUCUGCCGAUCUCUGGGUCUUCUCCUCGGAGCUGUCCUCAUCCGAGUCGUCUGGCCACAGCCUCUACAAGCCCAGCAGCAAUGCCACCAAGCUCGCUGGCUACACCUGGUCUAUCCAGUACGGUGACCAGAGCUCUGCUAGCGGUGACGUCUACAAGGACACCGUCGUUGUUGGUGGCGUCUCGGCCUCUGCCCAGGCGGUUGAGGCUGCCUCCAAGAUCAGCCAGCAGUUCGUCGAGGACAAGAACAACGACGGUCUGCUUGGUCUGGCUUUCAGCUCUAUCAACACCGUCAAGCCCAAGUCCCAGACCACCUUCUUCGACACUGUGAAGGGCCAGCUUGACUCGCCUCUGUUCGCUGUUACCCUGAAGCACAACGCUCCCGGUACCUACGACUUCGGCUUCGUCGACAAGUCCAAGUACACCGGCUCGCUCACCUACGCCCAGGUUGACAGCUCUCAGGGCUUCUGGAGCUUCACUGCCGAUGCCUACAAGAUUGGCUCCAAGUCUGGUGGCUCUAUCACCGGUAUUGCUGACACUGGCACCACCCUCCUGCUCCUCGACGAUACUGUUGUCUCCGACUACUACGGCGAGGUCUCCGGUGCCCAGCAGGACUCCUCCGCUGGUGGCUACACCUUCCCCUGCUCCGCCCAGCUCCCCGACUUCACCGUCACCAUUGGCGGCUACGACGCGGUUGUUCCCGGCUCUCUGGUUAACUAUGCUCCCCUCCAGUCGGGCAGCUCCACCUGCUUCGGCGGUAUCCAGAGCAACUCCGGCUUGGGCUUCUCCAUCUUCGGUGACAUCUUCCUGAAGAGCCAGUACGUCGUUUUCGACUCCAACGGCCCCCGCCUUGGCUUUGCCCCCCAGGCUUAA